AUGAAGAUAUUUCAAGCAGACCACUUAUUCAACUACCCUUGGGACCAAGUAACAGCCGCCAAUUGGCAAAAGUACCCUAAUGAGCUUUCAACGCAUGUGGUUUCGGUGGAUAUUUUAAACAGAAGUGUAGUCAAUGACCACAUUCUUCGAACCGAAAGGUUGAUCGGAUGCAAACAAUCCAUACCAAGGUGGCUUUCCUUUUUGGUCGGUGGUGCAUCUUUGAGUUAUGUGCGGGAAGUAUCAGAAAUUGAUUUGAACAACAAGACUUUGGUGAUGAAGUCAAUGAACUUGACCAUGAACCAUUUGUUAUUGGUCAAGGAGACUGUCAUUUACAAGCCGGAUUUAGACUUGCCAUUGCACAAGACCACAUUCAACCAAAGUGCAGAAAUUACCGCUUUUGCGGGAGUAUCGAAAUUGUGUGAUAAGUUGGAACAUUGGAGUGUUGAGAGGUUUGGACAGAAUGCACAAACCGGAAAGUUGGCCUUUGAGAGUGUUUUAAAUCGUUUAGCCGAAAAAUGGGACCAGACCGGCGUUUUAUUAAAGAGUUGA